AUGAAAAGGACAAAUACCAAACUAAAGACUCCAAAACAAAGGAAAGGCCUCAAGUCCACUGAACAAACCCAGCAGUCCAACAAGUCCACUGAACAAACCCAGCAGUCCAACAAGUCCACUGAACAAACCCAGCAGUCCAACAAGUCCACUGAACAAACCCAGCAGUCCAACAAGUCCACUGAACAAACCCAGCAGUCCAACAAGUCCACUGAACAAACCCAGCAGUCCAACAAGUCCACUGAACAAACCCAGCAGUCCAACAAGUCCACUGAACAAACCCAGCAGUCCAACAAGUCCACUGAACAAACCCAGCAGUCCAACAAGUCCACUGAACAAACCCAUCAGCCCAACAAGUCCACUGAACAAACCCAGCAGCCCAACAAGUCCACUAAACAAACCCAGCAGCCCAACAAGUCCACUGAACAAACCCAGCAGCCCAACAAGUCCACUGAACAAACCCAGCAGUCCAACAAGUCCACUGAACAAACACAGCAGUCCAACAAGUCCACUGAACAAACCCAGCAGCCCAACAAGUCCACUGAACAAACCCAGCAGUCCAACAAGUCCACUAAACAAACCCAGCAGCCCAACAAGUCCACUGAACAAACCCAGCAGCCCAACAAGUCCACUGAACAAACCCAGCAGCCCAACAAGUCCAUUGAACAAACCCAGCAGUCCAACAAGUCCACUGAACAAACCCAGCAGUCCAACAAGUCCACUGAACAAACCCAGCAGUCCAACAAGUCCACUAAACAAACCCAGCAGCCCAACAAGUCCACUGAACAAACCCAGCAGCCCAACAAGUCCACUGAACAAACCCAGCAGCCCAACAAGUCCACUGAACAAACCCAGCAGUCCAACAAGUCCACUGAACAAACCCAGCAGUUCAACAAGUCCACUGAACAAACCCAGCAGCCCAACAAGUCCACUAAACAAACCCAGCAGCCCAACAAGUCCACUGAACAAACCCAGCAGCCCAACAAGUCCACUGAACAAACCCAGCAGUCCAACAAGUCCAAUGAACAAACACAGCAGUCCAACAAGUCCACUGAACAAACCCAGCAGCCCAACAAGUCCACUGAACAAACCCAGCAGUCCAACAAGUCCACUAAACAAACCCAGCAGUCCAACAAGUCCACUGAACAAACCCAGCAGUCCAACAAGUCCACUAAACAAACCCAGCAGCCCAACAAGUCCACUGAACAAACCCAGCAGCCCAACAAGUCCACUAAACAAACCCAGCAGUCCAACAAGUCCACUGAACAAACCCAGCAGUCCAACAAAAGGAAUAACAACUUCUUAGAUAUUCAAUGA